AUGGUUGAGGGACCAUUGGAGGACGUUACAGAGCAUGCACUGGAAGUAGCUUUGAGAGAAAUGAGUAGUGGGAAGGCGGCAGGGCCAACAGGGGUGACAAGUGACCUGGUAAAGGCGGCAGGUAGGGAAGGAAUAAGAGAACUGGGAAGCAUCGUGAAGGAACUGAUAGGAGGGAACGGAAUACCAGAAGAUUGGAAAAAUAGUUCUACAAUACCUAUAUAUAAAGGCAAAGGAGAUGCUAUGGUAUGCGGCAAACACAGAGGAGAGAGGUUAUUAGAACAUGCAAUGAAAAUAUACGCUAGAGUUUUAGAGAAGAGACUUAGAAAGGAAGUAGACAUCGGUAGUUUUCAGUUCGGGUUUUGGCCAGGUAGGUCCACUACAGGGGCAAUAUUUGUUUUGAGACAACUGCAAGAGAAAUAUAACCAGAAGAAAAAGAAGCUGUACUACAUUUUCGUGGAUUUGGAGAAGGCAUUUGAUCCGAGUACCAAGAGAAGUGAUAAGGUGGGCCUUAAGAAGGAAAAAAGUACCUGA